CUUUCCUGUGUUGAUUGAGAAAUUGUUUACCAUCGAAAACAGUGUUAGACACUACUAAUUAAAGAAAAUACACAAAGCUUAUUAAGGUUUGGAUAAAACUGCUUAAACAUUUGAUGAACCGCAAAUCGGAUCAGAGUGUCUAAAAAUGAGGAAAAAAAGAACAAUAAUUUCCAUCUCAAUGAACAACAGGAAACUCCUCCCCUCUGUCUUAUCGAUUUGAAAGAAUUAAUACUAUGGUUAUCAUGUUAAUUUCUCUGGUAUAAAUACAGCUUGUACUUAUACGUAGCAAAGAGCCGAGGAGGAUCCCGGAGUAGUCUUUCUUCUAACGAAGGUAAAUUAAGUGUUAUUGUUUAAAUGUUUUCUAUACAGUUCAUCUUGCUAAAUUGGGGGAAAGGUAAGUUUUUAACUAUUGUAUCUGAGUGAUAAAAUUUGCCUUCCUUUUCGUCACGGAAUAAACUUAAUUGCAAAUUUCCUUGCUUGAAUUCGCUUGGCUUAUCAAUCUAUUCAUUUAUUUUUUGCUCAUUCUGGCCGCUUUUUGAGGUAAGGACUAACAUUAAACAACAUGAUGAUUUAAAUCUCAUCAGCUAAUCUAUUUGUUAAAGUGGUGGUAUGCUGGAGCCCAAGGAAAUAAAACGAGAGCUUAGACUCCUUUCCAUUGCAUUCUGAGUGCUGUUAUUUAAAAUGAUGUUAGUAACACCAAAUAACGGCUCUCAACAAGUUCAAUUUCAAAUAGCUGAAAUGGAACCUGAACAAGGUUUUAGUCUCGAGGAAUUUCUUAGCCUGUAAUCCUGACCAACAUCUCUGAUCUUAGAAAUUCUUCACGAAAAAACUCCAUCGGGCUUGUGAAAAGUGCGUAAGAAAGAAGAUAUUCUUUUCACAGAAGUCAGACUUCUUACACUAAAAUUUUUUCCCACGGCUCAAAAUUUUGACCUUCUGGUACAUGCUGUGAUUUCUAGCACGAAAACAAAAAUUGGUUUACGAAGUUUUAUUUUUCCUUGUCUUGAAGUGUAAGUUCCGUUUACAUUUCACCACCAAUCUCCGCAUUCAUAUAUUAAAGUAAACACAUGCUUGUUGUUCAAAUGCCCUUUUUUAGUCAGUCUUAAAUUAGUGAUCGUCUUUCCCUGGCUCAGUCAAUUGUAUCACGCUUCGCUCAGGCUUGAAAUCUCCUCUCAAACUCCUGUCUUGUAACGCUUUUUUUACUCGUCAGGGAAUUCUUCCGCCCGCCACUCGCUCUGAGAAAAUGGCAAUGUUCGGUUUCCUCAUCUUGGCUUUGCUGAUGAGCGCGACCUUCGGUAACCCUGUUCGCAAAAGCUACAGGCAUUUUUACUUCUCUCGUAAACAGGUAAGUUUUGGAAGUGUAUAUCUCUCCAUUUUGCUUGCUUUCAUAAACCCUAAGCAAAAAUAUUCCGACUUAGCUCUAUAAUAAUCCAUUACUGUCUGCUAUCAACUGAUUUACUUCUCAAGGUCGUCGAAUUUACAGUUGAUGUCAUCGAGGCUGGAAAAGAAUACAAAGAGAGGAUCGAAGUGGACGAAAAGAAGCAAACAGAAUUGUUUCAAGUUCCUGCUCAUCCUGGUGUGGAUCGCAGUGAUGUGUUGCACGAUUUCAAAAACGUAAGUUAUCCCUCUCACUUAUUGAUGUCUAACCCUUCACUUCAUCAAAUUAAAAGGGGGAGAUUUUUUAAAUAAAUUAUCUGCAGAUUCAUAGCGCAGAAAGGAAGUCAUAGUUGGCACAAGUCAAAUGGCGAAGUCGCAGUUAGAAAUAAAAUUAUUGUAGCAUGGCGCCUUGUUCGAACAUGGCACAUGGAGUCUAACAGACUGAUUAGGGUUGAGCGAUUGAGUCGAAAUACUUCAGUUGUCUCUGACAGAGUUUAAAGCCAAGACUAUAGAGAAUAGACUGCGGGAGCAGGUAAAUUUGAAAUCCCACGCCUCCGUCAAAAAAAUACGAAACGGCCCCUAAGUUAUUUCUCAUGCUUGUGAGAAAUUUCGUUACCUAUCUGUUACAUUUUUCAAUUCACUUUUUACAUAAGAUCAGAACUCAAACUCGGGCGAGCCGGGGUCAUGGCUUCCAAAAUCGAUGGAGCAUGUAUAAAACGUAUACAACAGGACAACUUCGAAUAAAGACUGUAUUCCAGAAUAACAAUACACAAGACAGCUUUCACGCAUUCCUUUUCAUUUUCCUUCUUAGAGUUUUUUUAUCAAGAGUUCAAAGUUCAAUUCGUGGGGGGUAAGAAACAUACAAAAAUCCACGUGACACUCUCGGUCCAGUUUUCAACAGAGCAGUAGUCACAAAACACCUACAAGAAUAUUCGGUGACUUCUAAAACAAAAGAGGGUUCUUUGCGCAAUAGUCACGAGUAUAUCAGCAUAAAUAUUAUUUCAUACUCCUCUACACUCACAACAAGGGAAGGAGACAUAAAAAAAGGCGCGCUAAGAAGGAAGGGGAUCCAAUUCAUCCUCGUCACCAGUCCCUCCGCAGAAUGUAACCCAUACCGACCGACGAGGAAUUUAACUUUCACAAUUUGUAUAUCCUUUCAGAGUUUAACCCUGCUACGAUUCCCGGAAACCAAGAUUUGUUACCUGCUUCCUCUCGUUAAACAGCAGUCGCGGCCAAAGAAGCUAGUGAGAGAUCUAAAGAGGGCAAAGAAGGUCAGAUUACUUUUUGGUAACGUGAAAAUUUUUCUUUCUACGCACAAGUAGGAUGAAAGAAAGGCUUAUUCCAUUCCUUGUUUUAAACUACGUCGUUAAAAAAAAUUUUCAUCGAGCGAAAAAAAGUAUUAUGAUGUUAUUACGAAGCAACGGAGGAUCCAGCGCAGUCCAUAAUUUAUCUCCAGUUUCGCACGCAUUCGUUUUUCUUCUAUUCUACCAUCAGACGAUUAUUACAGAGACCAGCCGGAAAGACAGCACGUGGAUUCUUGACGGGGAGGUAACUGAUCGCUCAGCUCUCGGUGAAGAGACAGAGAGUUUUUGCGCUAAGUAUAAGAUGUACAAGGUGAAAGAAAUGCAGGAAUCCAUGAAGGUGACCGAAAUAAGAACGAAGGGUAAGAAAAUCGUUGUAUGGGGUCGUUUGAUAACCAAGCAAAACAACGAGACUGAAAGUGAGGAUGCCCCCACGUUCUAGAUGGAAGUAAGAGACGGUUGCGUCCUUUUCAACGUGCCCCUUUCGUUCAGCCCCUAGCACUUUUUCGUUCCCGUAAAUUGUAGCGUCCCCUCAUCCUUCUCGUCUAUAAUCUAAACUUAACAUUAGCCUCAUCCGUCCAAUCUGGCUUUACUUUGUACCAACCGUUAAGUACUGAUCCGCGACAUGUCCGCGUAGGAAACAAAUUUUUCAUAAAAUUUAUUAAUAUCUAACAGAGAUUUGGAACCAUUUUUACUUCAAACCCAAAAGGAUAAAAAUUAAUGAGAUAUCUCUUUAUCAGUUCUUCUAAUCAUCAAAUAGACUCCAAGCCGUAAAUCUUCCAUUCACAACAAAUACAAUAUAUCAAGUACAUAUUGUUGUGCAAACAGGUAAAAGAUGGACAACCGAAGAGGAAUUGUUAACCUUAUUUGCCGUUCGCGUAAGCUCUUUAAUUAAUCUCUUUCACGAAAUACUUUAAUUUUACAGAACGAGGACGUCGAAUUCGACGACGAACUGAACCUUUAAACGGCAUAAAGUUAUGUCCUGGGGCCAGGGAUCUCUACACAAUGUCCAAAAUAUGUUCGGAACCUACGCCGAAGUGUUCACGAAAGUAUAGUUGUUUCCGUUAUGUCAAAUGCAAUGAUGACACCGAUCGUGGUUGCAAGAACGUGCACCAUUCCAGUGUUUUCCUAUCAUGCUGCGCAUAUACUUGUAAUGACAACGGCGGAUCAGGAAGCGUAGUAUUGGAUGACGAGGCUACAGAUACCUCAGGGAACGGAUCCGGGGGGGAGGUAGACGACGAAGAAGCUGAACCUGGAAACCCUGACGGGCGGUCAAGCGGAUCAGGCUCGUUUGCAUAUUUGCGAAGGUUGUGAUCAGUGUGUUUUGAAACCAAAGUUCAUUACAUGUGUAACUUUUAGUCAAGCCUAAAUUUCGUAAUGAAUAAAUGACAUGCUAAGGAAUAGAU